AUGAAUUUUGACAGCCGCCUGAGCACAUAAGAAGAAGUCAAGGAAGAAUCUUUUGUAGGUAAAAAUAGUAGAAAAUUCAUGAAAUUAAAAUUUUCCAUUUCUUUAGUCGUCAGCAAAUUUGCAAAAAGUGCGUAAAAGUGCAACCGAAAAAAGUGAAAACUGUACGAAAGUGUACCGUGAUUCUAGAGACGUCGGAAAAUGGUGCAGGUUUAGUCGGAAAGCGAUGCCGUUUGCUGUGUAGGAGAAAAGUGUGUACAGCCGACACAAAGAGCGCCGACGGACGAGAAAGGGAAGUUCCUCCUCCUUGAUGCCGGAAUGUUAGAAUGUUUUGCUGAGUGGAUGCUUCGAUGCUGAAAUAAUGGUUUGAAACUGGUGUUGCUGGACUUGCUGGUGCUUGUGAGAGGAUGGGUUGCAUCAAUUCGAAGAAAGAUAUCAACGAUCUAGAUCCGAAUAUAUUCUACGUGAUAAAUAUUGACGACGAUGGGACCGCUUUGUGGAGUGGUCAGCUAGAAGUGUCACGGACUGAACUGACGCUGUACCGGAAGGGCAAAGAGCCGACGACGUGGCCCCUGAAAUGCCUGCGAAGGUACGGCUUUAACGUGGAUCAGUUCAGCUUCGAAGCUGGGCGGAGGUGUACGACCGGGGAAGGAAUUUACGCUUUCAAAUGUACAAGGGCGGAAACGUUGUUUUACACGGUCCAGUCUUACAUUCAGGGGCGGAUAUUCAGCGAUGAGACGACGAAUCCAAAUGAUCCGCAUCCGAUUCCGAUGGCCUCGACUGGUCCGUCAGUAGCGGCCAGGAGUGUAUCACAAAAUAAUACGGCAACCAGGAGUGGGCAACACGGCGGUUCCGGAACCGGAAGUUAUGUGGUGAAUCGCGCCGGGAUGGCCACUAGUCAGUCGCUCAGUCCCAACGGAACUAUACAUUCAAAUUCUAACCAAAGUAGGAGCACGGACACGCUUCCGAUUGAAACCAAUUAUUUGGAACCGACGCCUAACCGACCUUGCGGACAACCGGAAACGAUUACAACCCGGUUUCAGCAGGGAAUGAGACUGAGCUCGGUGAGCAGUGGGCCUGUUAGUCCGGAUGUGACGUCGCCGUCGUCUCCCAAUAGUGUGAGCAACAUACUGGAAGUUACCACUUUGAAUCCUUUGCCAUCGAAUAGUGCAGGCGUCGGAAUCCAUCAUGGCGUUAGUAAUCUAUAUCAGGAAUUCCCCGUUAAGGAUUCCACCAUUCACGGUGUGAGCUUGACAGGCGCCAGUAUUGUAAAUCGUGUUUCCUUAGACGCUCCACCAAAGGAAAUAGCCCCGAUAACAGAACUGGAACAAAGUUCUUACGUUAAUAAAGGCGACCUCAAGCCGCUGCCAUUAGAGCUUCCCGUUACGACCCCAGACGCAAUCGACCCCUCGCGGAUGUACAUGAACGUCAAUAUUGGCUGCUUGCCCGAAGCCGCGCUAAAAGCCAAAACGAAACCGGCCAGCAAAAGCAACUCUAGUCUAAUGUCGAUCAACAACAAUAGCGGCUCUUUCGACGAGAAUCAGUAUCAGAACGUGAAAACACCAACCUCGGUCGGGCCGAAUAUGUUUGCGCACCUACGUAUGAACUCCAGCUAUUCCAUGGAAUCGACCCGUUGCUAUGCCAACUUGGAACCAAGCGAGAUCAAAACCGUACUGUUUCGUGGUCGCUACUCAAAGCCGGACAUCUUCGCCAACGUGCAGCUCCCGGAAUCAUCCGAACCGUGCACCCCAACGACGGCCAAAUCCUACGUCAACUACUGCGUUCUCGAUCUGAACCAGUCGCAGCAGAAUACGUCCACCGGGUCGGAAGUCACCUCACCGACAGCGACGGGCGCUGGUAACGCCACCGCCGCCGCUCUCAACGCCAACAACAACAACCCGGCCGCCGUCAAUCUGAACAACGCAAUCAACGACUCCGCAUCUCAGGCGCAACAGCAGCAGCAACCACUUGGAACCGGCCUGUUGCCACCGGAAAGCCCCAAGAAGGCAGCCCUCGGGUACGCCACCAUCGAUUUCGACAAAACGUUCGCCCUGAGCAACUCGACCACACCGUCGUCGGAGCUGGACAGCGAGGGAUCCCGGAAGACGCGCCACAACUCGACCGUCACGCCGCUGAUUCGCCAGAGCAACUCGGUUAGCGACUAGGAAAGGUAAUCCA